AUGACGACCCCAGCGACUCCUUGCGCGAACUGGAAUACAGAUGGCACCACCUGUCCAGACACUGGCAAGUUCACCUGCGGAAACUGUCAUCUCGUGGCUUACUGGGGCCCAGAAUGCCAAAAGUCCCAUUGGUCCACUCACAAAGCCAAGUGCAAAUCAGCCCUAGACAAAGCCAACUGGAGUCCCGACUGGUUUGUCCAAGGCCGUCAGUCCGCAUUUGUAGGAGAAGACAAUACCCAGGAAAAGUUUGUAGGUUCCAAGUAUCUCUGGGGAAAUGUUCCCGCGCUUGAUAUUCUUCGACUUGAGGCAAAUGAGGGGAAAGAUUACAACAAGAAGCUGAACUUGCUGUUUGCCGCGUCUGGUGACAUCCGAAAUGUCAUCAAAACAAUUUCUCAGCUACCUGGAAGCCACGAUAAGCCACUGCAUAUCACGAUAAACGACAUUGAUUUCGACAUCGUAGCACGAAACGUCAUCAUGCUACUCAUCGCGCUUACAGCCGAAGACCAAGAUGCGGCAAUUGACUGCAUCAUUCACGUCUGGUAUUCAGCCUUCAUCCGCAAAUCCGACCUUGACAUCAUCCAGCAGCGAGUCCGUCCCCUCAUUGCAGACAUUUGUGAGGAACAUAAAGGCAAGCCCGCGGAUGGUAGUAUUUUCACCAAAUGGGAAUUUGGACGGAGGUCCCUGAAGAUUGAUCUUCAGAAAUCAGCCUGGGACAAGCUGUUGCUUUUCACAGAGGUCCCCGAGGGUUUGACUACUGAGAAAGCAAAUAAGAUCCGGAAGGCGACGACCCUUGCUGAGUCGAGGAAGGAUUAUCGUGAUCGUCAUUUUCUUUUUCUAUCUCCCUUUCGUCGCGUUGCUGCACAAUACUUUCGAGAAGAUGGGAUUUUACAGCCUUUUGGAUAUCAGCGCGCUGAGUUCAGUGAGCCGAACCCGACCAUCUUUCAAGAAGAUGUAUCUGUGUGGCCGAUGCGCGACAAUGCCGAUCCACUCGAUGGAUGGUCCGCUGAAGACGUUGAAACGACUCCAUAUGGACCUGCCAAGGCUGACAUCUACGGCAAACUUUUUCUUUACCUUCGAUCCGUCCUGCGAGCGUUUCUAGAUCGAAUUGCUAACUUGAAAGUGUUAUUUCGCCUGCUGCCGAUGGACGCUCGCCUCCUCCCCAACCAUCUUACAGACGGUACAUUUGAUCGCAUCGAGGCGUCUAACAUUACCGACUCUUCAUAUGUUGGUAUAGACAACACAGUUAUCAUCCUGGCGCCCUUACUUCGAGAGAUGCAACUCAAUCCACAUGCAACCCUCAUCACAAUCUUCAUGAAUGCUGUCCAUGAAAUGAUGGCAAGAGGAGUUUACCUCCCCAACCCAGCGCUUGACAAUGGAGUAACCCAGCGUCUUCACAAGUACCUUCCUGUCAAGCCGCCCAUCAGAGGAACGUAUGAUCCACAAGUCGUCAAGCUUACGUCUGCCCGUAAUUCCGUGCGAUAUUUUGAUGAUUACUUCGACUACUUCAUGACAGUUUUCGAUUUCCCUCAAGUGGCCAAAAACGCAGGGGCCAUCAUCAGAGAGGAAAACACCAUUGUUGAGAAAUGGCCGUUCAGACUAAAGCUCCAGCCUGGACAACCUGGGGCCCAAGAGGAGUUUGAUCGCUUGAUGGGUGGGGGAGUGUCUGGAACGGAGCGCUAUGUCGAAUGGAAGACGGGGCCUAUUACCUUGGAUGCUCCUGAUAUGAGCUGGUCAAGAGCCGCUUUGGUAAUGUUGGCCAACAUUCAGCAGACUGGUUGA